AGCUGCGCUGAGGAGAGGUGCAUGUGGGAAACUGGAGCCCAGAGUUGCUGUGCUGAAUAUGUUCUUGUUCUAAACAGAAAUAAACCGAAGCAAGUCUGAUCUCUUCGACUCUUCAUUCCACGACUGUUACAUCUGGUGCCGUGACCCGGAUCCAUUGGUUAGCCGCUGCCGACCGCCGAGGGUUCAGCUGUGUGCCAGUGACGCUGAUGUCAUCAAGUUGGUCGGCCUGUGGAUCCUGCUCAUUGUUGUUGAGGUUGCGAUCACUUUUCUGAACACAGAGACUUAAGACAUAUAUCAAACCACUAUAUUAGUUAGAUUAAAGCCAUUUUUUGUGUAUGUGAAUAGUGAAACUAUUUUGGUUUAAUUUUUUUUAUUACUGCUUUUUUACUGUGUGCAGUAUGGCAGGCAGAGGUCAUAGUACCUUUAAUGUUUUCACACCAGUAGUUGGGCGUGGCAGAGGGCUGUUAGCCCAGAGUAGUACUCACGUGAUUGAUGAGGGGUCAUCAGAAACAGAAGAGAUUAUUGAAAUACCUCCAUUAGAGCCCCAGUUUUCCACCCCUGUAAAUAAUAAUGAAAACACCAUACGACAGUUACGCGACCUCAUUGGUGAGAUAGGGAGCCAAAUAGGUGAGGCCAUUACCAGCCGUCUGUUAGACAGCGGAUCUCAUGUUACUCCAGAGAAGCCUCCACCAUCACAGUCUGCACGGAGUGAAACAUCUAACACAGUGUUUGAUCUCUCAAAAAUGAGCCUGGUGGUGAAAUCAGACAUUAAAGAGCCUCCUAUCUAUCGUGGUGAUGGUGAUGAUAGGAUCUCUGUUCAUGAGUGGAUAGAAAUAAUGGAGGUCUACCUGCGCAAAAAGGGAUUCCCAGCUGAGAAAAAAACUGAUGAAAUCCUGAACCACCUGCUUGGCAAGGCAAAAAGCAUUGUUAAGAUCGGAUUAAAGAGUGCUCCUUCCACCACACCUGUAAACCCUGAGGCAGUUUAUAGCAUUCUGAGGCGCUAUUUUAGCGACAUUCCUGGAUCUUGCUUACCACUGGCUGAUUUUUAUGCUACUCAGCCGAUGGCUAAUGAGACACCAGUAGACUACUGGGUUAGACUUAACACAGCUGCUGAAAACGCUGACAAACACUUGAAAGAUCAAGGAAGCAGCCUGAAUAAAAUGGAUACAGAGAUAGCAAUGAUGUUCAUCAGAAAUUGUCCUGAUUCUAGUCUCGCCUGUGUUUUCAAGUGUAAGCCCACCACUAAGUGGACAUUCACUGAGGUGCAAGAGGCCAUUGAUGAGCAUCAACGAGAGCAGCAAGUGAAGAGACCACACGCAACUGCCCCAAAAGCAAAAACACUCCAGAUUGCCACUGCAGUAGCAGCACCUGACCACUCAGAGCUUGAAGUAGAAUGUAGGCAAAUGAACACUGCCAAAAUUACUCCUAUCAGUUCUACCAGCCCAAAUGAUCGCACCGCAGAGUCAGGUGCUCUUGAACGGAUGUUAACUAUGCUUGAAAGAGUAUUAGAACGCACUGCCCAGCCUGUUGGCGAUACUCAGCCUCAGUUCUUCCCUUCCAGUCGACCGACUCCAUGUCAGGUAUGUGGCAACAGUAACCACUCUACACGGACACACUGCAUGAGAGAGAGAAGAUGCCUGGCCUGUCUCGAGAUUGGACAUCAGCGAAGAAGCUGUCCAAAAUUCCCUAACACUCAGCGAGUUGGAGGCUCUAUUGACCAGGGAAACUAA